GAAGAAUGAAAGUAAACCUAAGUUACAUAUUCUAUGGAAGAAGACGAAUUCCGGAAAAGGAAUUUCUCCCCAAUCCCAUAACCUAGAGAGAGGUAGAAGAAUUCAUAUACCUACACACAGAGAGUGAUUGAGAGAGAGAGCGAGAGAGGCAGAGAUGGGCAAGCUGACGUUCCGGCGGAAGAAGAAGUCCGUCCCGCCCACGUUGCCUCCUCCUCCUCCGGCGAUCGAGGCCGCGGUCACUACCAGCAAGGCUUCCGCCAAAAAGAAGGCCGUUGGCUCUCGCCUCUGGAUGCGGAUGGAUCGCCUCGGCCAGUCGGAACUGAUCGAGUGCGAUAAGUCCGUCAUCAUCAAGCGCGUUUCGAUUCCCGCUAGGGAUUUGAGGAUUCUCGGCCCUAUUUUCUCUCAUUCCUCCAGCAUUCUUGCUAGGGAAAAAGCCAUGAUUGUCAAUUUGGAAUUUAUAAGGGCAAUAGUUACAGCGGAAGAAGUGUUGUUACUUGAUCCUCUUCGACAGGAGGUUCUGCCAUUUGUGGAUCAGCUGAGACGGCAAUUACCUCAGAAAACAUCUCAAGACAAUGAAAUGCAAUCUGCCACAGCUGGAGAAUGGUUAGCUGCUCCAGAAACUGCUGAUGGUUUGCAAGAUGAACUUCCUUUUGAGUUCCAGGUCCUCGAAAUAGCAUUAGAGGUUGUGUGCACAUAUUUAGACUCAAGUGUUGCUGAACUUGAGAGGGAUGCUUACCCUGCUUUAGAUGAACUGGCCAUAAGUGUUAGCACCAAGAACCUUGAGCAAGUGCGGAGUUUGAAAAGUAAUCUCACUCGUUUGCUUGCACGGGUACAAAAGGUGAGGGAUGAAAUUGAACAUCUUUUAGAUGACAAUGAAGAUAUGGCCCAAUUAUACUUAACUCGGAAGUGGAUACAGAAUCAACAAGCUGAGUCCGUUGAUCCUACAUCCAAUAGCAUUGUUCCUGGUGCACCUAAUCUCCGUCGGCUCAACUCUGCCAGAAGUGGUAGUCUUGUGAGCAAUUAUCUGAAUGACCAGGAUGUGGAGGACCUAGAAAUGCUCCUUGAAGCAUACUUCAUGCAAUUGGAUGGCACCCGUAAUAAAAUUCUAUCUGUACGAGAAUAUAUCGAUGACACAGAAGAUUAUGUUAAUAUCCAGCUUGACAAUCAAAGAAACGAACUUAUUCAGCUGCAGUUGACUUUGACGAGUGCUUCAUUCGCCAUUGCAGUGGAAACUGGUCUAGCUGGAAUAUUUGGAAUGAACAUUCCAUGCACGUUGUACAACAUUAAUGGGAUAUUUGGUGAAGUUGUUGGGCUUAUGACAGCUGUGUGUGUGGUGCUAUUUGUUCUUGUUCUGGGAUACGCUCGAUGGAAGAAACUCAUUGGAUCUUAAGCUUCUAUAAAAAUGGUGGGGUUCCGACCCCGGACCGGAAACUGGAGUCUAGGCUUGUAUAUUUUGAUUACUAAAUCUAUUUCAUAUUUUCCAAUUCCAGACUUACCAACAAGGAUUCUAUUAUCAAGAUUGUUUGGUUGAACGCCAAACUCAAAUGGACUUGUGAGCCUUGUGCGUAAUAAUAAGUGACAUUUGUAUAUUUCA